GUUACCAUGGUAACCAGGUACGCUUGGUGUGGGCGCUGACAUUCUGGCUCCCCUGAAGAUUUCCGUAAGAAAGGCGUCGCACGCCCGGGUCACUGCUUAGGGGCCCUCCCAUGGCUUCAAAGGAGAGGGUGGACUCAGUGACCAAAGGAACCGGGUUCCAGCGCUGCCGUAAGCAGGCCGCUUACACCCCGGGAACCUGUGAGCUCCUCAGAGUGAUGAUGAAGGAGUCCAACCUGACUAACUUCCAGCAACGCCACCUCAUGGACACCAUGAAAAGAGGGGCCCCUCUGCCUCUGCAGUGCAACCCGACAUCCAGCCAGAGGGGCUCUCCUCCUAAGAAGUCGACCACAGCCAUCUACCUGCCUCCCAUCCUGGCUGCCCACUCUCACCUCCGGCCUGCCAGCAUGUGUCAAGCCAAUGGAGCAUAUAGCCGUGAGCAAUUCAAGCCUCGGGCCACCAGAGAUCUGGAGAAGGAGAAACGAAGACUCCAAAAUAUCUUUGCCACUGGGAAAGACACAGAGAAACGGAAAAAGGCUCCCAGUGUGCAGCAAGAGGACCCAGCUCCUGAGCUAGACCGGUUUGAAGAAUUGGUGCAGGAAAUCCAAGACAGGAAGGAAUUCUUGGCUGCCAUGGAGACUCUGGGACAGGGCAAGCAAUACCGGGGAAUCAUCCUGGCUGAAAUCUCCCAGGUCGGAGCCCACCCAAGCCAAAAAGUAGUCCAAUGGGAGGGGUCCCCAACCUGUCCUAGGAUAGUUAGCAAGCAUCUCAUCCUGCUGUGACAGCAGCUCUUCCCGGUGGCUCUUUACAGAAACUACGGGAAAUGGAGGACAUUGACCGCAGGAGGAGUGAGGUGCUGGAGAAGGCCCUCGCCACCACUUAGCCCACGACAAGGGCCGGCCUGCCCAGCAAGACCACCAAAGCCCUUCACUCUGCCAAGAAGUGUUGUCUUCAGGCCUGCCCACCCACAGGGGCCAUGCCAGAUCAUGGCAUGGCACUGUCCUGGGGCACAAGACAGUGUCCUAGACACUGCCCAAGGAUGCAGAGGCCUCACUGGUGUCUCUGAGCUACUGUCACAGCCAGGGAGUUGAAACUUUCUCUAGGGGAAAAAAGCCCCAGACAUACCAGAGACGCCCAGGCUCACCAGCUUGGCUGUGCACCCCAAGGGCACUCUCCUCUCUCUGUCUCUCCUCCAGCCACAGAUGGCCUCCAGGUGCUCUGUCCUUGGCUUUUCUAACCCUGAGAGUGAACACGAUUCUUUCCCUCCUGUAUCUUGAGAUCUCCAUUUUGCCUUCUUGUAUCCUUGGGCAAAUGUUUAACCACAAUGAUUAACUGGCCAAUAAACACAUUUAACUGGGUCAUGACAUGUGCCACCUUGUUUCCCACAAGGCAGUUGCUUAUUUGUACAGAAUCAGAAGCCAUCUGACACAGAUGGGUUCUAACUGCUGUUCGCAGAUUUCCAGGGGAAAGGGGACACAAGGUUCCUGAGCAGCCUGCAGCCACUGCUAACAUUCAGGACUAUGGUGUGAAAACUCAAGUUCACCAAGAUACUCCAUCCAAGUAGUUACUGCAGAGAUGGCCACUCAGGGCUAAAGGUCACCUUCAGGGCUGUCCCCAAACAGAGACUAAGGGAAGAAACAUAAACGGAGAGAUCCACAGUGAAAGGGCCUGGCAGGUGCCACAGUUCCACUCAAGGGACACCUGACAAGGAAAGCAGCCCUGGUCCCCACCUGGUCCCCGGCUGAUUGACUGCACAUCAGUGUCCUUCCUUCAGGCUGCCAACACUGGCCAGCCUGGCCUUCACCAGCAGUGUGUCAUUUCCCUGUUCCUACACUUGCUGGAAGCCCCAUAAUUCUAACAGAACACAUGACCUGUGUGU